AUGGCCACCACCAUCGACGACCGGUCCCCUAAUCCACCUAAUACCUUGGCCCACCAAGACGGCUCUCCUGAUCCCUCUGGCCGCCCAUCAGUAGCCCAAUCCACCAACUCUGACCAAGCAGGACCGCGCAGAUCCAGCUUCAACUUUCUGCGCCGAACCAGCGGGAAGAGCUCCUCCGAAGUUCGCGGUAAUAGCAGUAAUCGAAGCACUUCAAUCGGCAAGAUGAGCAGGAAGCAGAAGCAACUCGCCCAGGAGGAGGCUCUUCGCAAGCAGCGCGAAGCUACCAUGCUGCCCAAGCAGCCGCCGCGCCUGCCUUCUCACUCGGCCCUUCCCCAAAUUGCCACGUUUGGAGGUGAAGACGCCCGUCCAGACUCCAUUGCCAUUGUCUCCAACAAAGCUGGCACCUACAACCCCAGCGCCCACAACUUCAGCCGACCCUCAACCGACACCUAUAGGAUGGCGCCUAUCCCCAGCUCCAGCCCCGCUGUGGCGCCGCCCGUGCCUGGUUCCUCGCAGUCCAACUACAUGGACUACGAUCCUUACCCGAGGACUGAGAGUAUGACCAACCGUGGUCGCUACAGCUAUGCCAGCAGCCAGAUCAGCACCGUCAACAGUCCCCGCCGUGUCAGGAGGAGGAAGGACCCCACGCCUUUCAACAUCCUUGUCAUUGGUACCAAGGGCUGCGGCAAGUCAUCGUUCAUUGAGUUCCUCCGCACUGCGCUUGCACUUCCGGCUCGAAAGCGCCCACAUACGCCCUCCCCACCUGCUACAGCCGUGGGUGGUGACGACUCACCUUUCACGUCAGAGUUCCUCGAGACUGAAGUAGACGGUGAGAGAGUCGGCGUCACGCUCUGGGACUCCGAGGGCUUGGAGAAGAACAUUGUCGAUUUCCAGCUACCCAUCAUCACCUCUUUCCUCGAGUCCAAGUUCGAAGACACAUUUAGCGAGGAGCAAAAGGUUGUACGCGCUCCAGGCGUCAAGGAUACACACAUUCACUGCGUCUUCCUCGUCCUGGAUCCGAUUCGCUUGGACCAGAACAUAGCCGAGGCCCGCAAGAAGUCCAACGUUGUUAAUGCUGGCAGUGCCAUCUUCGGUGGUCUGGAUGAGCGCCUAGAUCUUAACAUACUUCGCGAGCUGCAAACCAGAACGACUGUGAUUCCAGUCAUCAGCAAGGCAGACACAAUCACCGGCGCACACAUGCGCUACCUCAAGAAGACAGUCUGGGACACGAUCAAGCGCGCAAAGUUGGACCCCUUGGAGGCCCUGAACCUAGACCUAGGUGACGAUGACGAAGAUCCCGACCGACUGGAUGAGCGAGAUGAGGACGAAUAUGAGCAGUCGUCUGAGGGCGAAGGUAAAUCCGAGGUACUUAACAAGAUCCUUGAGCGAUCUUCCUCCGAAGCUGCGCGCUCGAUUGCUUCAUCUGGUUCUUCUACUAGGUCGCACUCACCUCCGACCUCGCCCCCGAGCGCCAGGAAAGGUCAUAGCCGCAAACCUUCCGCCAUGUCCGCCUCUAUUCACAGCGAAAAUGCCGAGACUCCGUUCUUGCCUCUUAGCAUCAUCUCGCCAGAUCCUUAUGACCCCGAGGUUGUCGGUCGUAGAUUCCCGUGGGGCUUCGCCGACCCUUACAACCCGGAGCACUGCGACUUCGUCAAGCUCAGGGAGAGUGUCUUCAGCGAUUGGCGCUCCGAACUCCGCGAGGCUUCCCGCGAGCAAUGGUACGAGGGCUGGAGGACCACCCGUCUGGAGAAGAGCAAACGACGAGUCGCGACUUCAGAUGGGCCAGCAACCAGAGGACUCUCCGUCCCGGCAACGAAUGGUCGGGCCGUCAGUGCUGGCGGCGGCCAGUAUCGCCCAUAUCGCCCCAACGAGUUCUAG